GUUCAAGUGUGUGAGGGUAGGAUGUUGCAGCAGGAGCAGUUAAAGGCACCAUCAGAAGACAACAACUCCAAAGCUCAACUGGAUGCUCCUCUGAGCCCGGCAAAAUGCGAGGUUUGUUCUCAAUGACGCUGCUGCUGCUCCUGGCCCUGACGCUCUCCACCGAGGCCCACAAGCGACCCAAAGGUCACAAAGGUGGUAAACACGAUAAAACCCGGCCCAUCUCAGAGUGCUCUCCUGCAGAGACUCAGUUCGGGAAAUGUGUCCCAGAACAGGGGGACUGUGGAGAGGGUCUGAGAGAGGCCACCUGCAAAGACAGCACUGACAAGAUCCACUGCAAGAUCCCCUGCAACUGGAAGAAGGACAUCAAUGACUGUAAGUACAAGUUUGGCCCGUGGGGAUCCUGUGACGCCACCAGCAACACCAAGAGCCGGUCUGGAACGCUGAAGAGGGCGCUGUUCAACGCUGAGUGUCAGACCACGGUCAAGGUGUCCAAACCCUGCUCCCCUAAAGUCAAGCCGACCAGAGGAGACAAGAGGUCAAACUGAAGAAUGAAGAAAGGGCUCAGAAGACGGCAGGAUUUCCUCCCUACUCCUCCAGCUGAAAAAUCUUCUUCUUCUUCUUAAAAAAUAAAAAACCGAGAGACUCCUCUGAAGCACACCAACCA